AUGGGUCAUCACGACCAUAUGUUCAAGGUGCUAAUUAUCGGGGACGCCACCGUUGGGAAGACCUCGCUGGUCCAGCGGUAUGCUAACGAUAGUUUCAACAAGCAUUAUAAAUCUACUGUGGGAGUGGACUUUGCUCUGAAGGUGGUUCAAUGGUCAGAGUCCGAGACCGUGAGGCUACAGCUAUGGGACAUCGCAGGUCAAGAGCGCUUCACAUCCAUGACUCGGCUGUACUACAGAGAGGCGUCAGCCUGCAUUAUCAUGUUUGAUGUCACCAGCAUUACCACCUUUGCCAGCUGCCAGAAAUGGAAGCAGGAUUUGGAUAGCAAGUUGCAGCUGCCAGAUGGAAGUCCCGUCCCUUGCUUGCUGCUGGCUAACAAAUGUGACCUUUCUCCGUGGGCUGUGACCAGGGAAGAAGUUGAUCGCUUCAGUAAAGAGAACGCUUUUACUGGCUGGACUGAAACAUCUGUUAAGGAAAACAAAAAUGUAAAUGAGUCUAUGAGAGUCCUUAUUGAGAAGAUGAUGACUAUGUCAUUGAGUGAUGGAGACUCCUCUGUUCCAGGCCAUGGAGACUACAUCAACCUGAAGGAUCCAUCCACACCCAACUGGGGAUGCUGCUAGCUGCACAUUCAACAGCAACAGAUCAGGAAGCAACAGGGUCUUUCAAACAAGUAUUGGCUUGUUAAGAGUGGUAGUGAAUAAUUUCCCGGCAUUGC